AUGGUUCAAGAUCCGAGCAAGCGCAAAUACUCGCUGCGCAAGGACAUGACGAAGGAAGCGCUCAACAAGCUCGAGGAUGCCAUCAAAGCCUGCACGGACGAAUUCGAGCCAUACCUCAACUUUCUCCGAGAGGCGCACUUCCUGGACAAGAAAUCCCUCCACAACAAACGCAAUGUCGACAACUGGUUCGCGGGUUUCUAUGAGUUUGAGACCGUCUAUGGCGAAGCGGACAAGUGGGAUCGCCAUCAGCUCAAGGUCAAGAUGCUCGUCCCCACAAAACUAGACGCCAGUAAGAUGGUUCACUUCCACACUAUUCUUCAUGGAGGCGGUCUCACUACUGGUAACUUGUUUGCCCCCUGGUUCCCGGACUACAAGCGCAAGUGGGCCAUCGAUAGCAACACGAUCAUCUUGUUCCCCCUGCACCGCCUCAUGCCAGAGGACCGUGGCCAAGACAUCCUCGACGACAUCGACGACUGGUGGGACUUCUACCUAAACGAUCUCUUCAUGAAGUGGGUCAAAAGCUGCCUCGAGGGUGUUCGUUUGGGCGCGGCCCUCGUGGUUUUGCAAAACCUGAUCAUCUCUGGUGAGAGCGCCGGCGGACUGCUCGCUGUUUACACAUGGCUCACCCAAAGCGCCAAACUGUCUAUCACUGCGAUCUACCUCCAGUAUCCCAUGCUCAAUCACUAUAGGCGGGAUAUGCCGGCAGGAGGUGCGACUUACAUGGAACACACCAUCACUGAGGAACGGCUCAGACCUCUGGUCGACGCCAUGAUCAAGAAGUCGGACGAGAUGAGAAAGGCAGGGCGGAAUGCCUCACGCAGCGACGCAACGCCUCCGUCUGGCAUGGCCGCCGCAAUGGGUCUCUCCCUCCUGCAACUGUGGAAGUCGGUCUUCCAGGACGGCAAAGGCAUCAUGGAUACGCCUGAGCGCCUGGAGCACAUGCGCAAAAUAGAAGCUAAGCCGGCGCAAUUCCCUCCCAUUUACAUCAUCCACGGGACCAAAGACACGAACGUUCCCAUUGCGGAUACGGACGCUUUUGUGGACACUCUGACCGCCAUGUCGAAAAUCUGGAAAGAGGAUAUCAAAAUCGACUACGAACGUGUGGCAAAGCUUGGAGAGAAGGGCACGGAUGGAUAUAUGAGGCAAACAGCGUUCCGUGCUCUGCUCCAAGCCCGCAAGGGCUUUCGCCAUUUAUUGAAAGGUGGCUCCACUGAGCAGGUCCGCCACCCGGAAGUCUUCAUCUACCAUACGAAGCAGGAUCCGAAUGUGCCCCUGGACGUCUCCAAGAGGUUCGUCGAACAGUGGGAGCGCUUGCACGGCUCGGCGGUCGAGGGUAAAGUCCAUUUCAAAUGGAUUGAGAAGCUCGUGGGCCAUUACGAUGCGAACGGCGAGCCGCGUGAGCCGGGUCAUGCUUUCGACUACGAUCUCGAUGAGAACAAGGAGCCUUGGCUGAAGGAAAUGCUAGCUAAGAUUACCGAGGUAUGA